UUUGCCAAGUAAGUAUGCAUGUAAAAUCUAUUUUCACACGCCGUCAUGACUCAUCCUUUCUCAACUGGCUCGCUGAACGAGGCGACCGCAAGCUGAGCUUGUUUCUUCAAAAACCACAAGCCAAGUGUAGAGAACAAAACCUGGACAAACAACUUUUAUCUGGAGGUGCCGAAGACGAAUUAAAAAAAAAAACCUGUAUUUUGAUUCAUGUGUGAAAAGACGAGCGCCUGAGGAAGAAUCAGGGAGCGACUGUGGAAUUAAAGUGAUUAUGUUGUGAGCGUACAGCUGCAAUGUGGAGGAAAACACUAGCAUAAAGACUCCUUUGUGUCCUCGCAGGUAGCGCCACUUCUUCUCCUUUCAGAGCUGUGGGAUGCCUGCGGGACACAAAAUGGCAGAAAGUAUCAUUAAAAAAAAAAAAAAAACAUGGAGCACAAGGACAGGUUGGAGUCAAACGUCAGACGGAGAGAGAGGUCAACCUGAAGGUCUGUGUGUUGUUUAUUUUCCUCUUGCAAACAAAAAAAGCUAGUACCUUCACGCUCCAUCAAGCAUCUGCAAUGUUUUUGCUUUUGCAGUCGAGCAAUGCAUUUCCUGGGUUCUUUCACUUCAUCUGUUGAAAAUCUGCAUACGUACGCGUAACAACAAAAAAAAUAGCUAAGAAAAACUCUGCCACUUGGCCGACACUGCCUGAGUCCGAGCCGCUUUACCUUGGAUGCUAACGAUUUGCAACAUAAACACACUUUUAUUCAUACAUCAGUAUAACAGACAGUAUAGCUUUCCUAUUGUUACCUGUAGAUAUUAAUCAUUACUACCAGGACAAGGGUUUCCAAUGUGCGGCCCAGGACACCAUUAGUGGCUCGCAGCUGUUUUUUUAUUCACCCGUGACCUGUGAAUUUCACAAAAAUCCUGAAAAAAACUUUAAAAAUUCUCAAAUCAACAGUAAAUUUUUCCAAUAAAGUCAAAAUACUAAGAGAAAUAUUUAAUAUUAAGUCAGAAUUUUAUAUAAUAUUAUGUUAGAAUUAUUUUCAACUUUGAUACUUUAUAUAUAUAUAUUUUUUUAUAUUGCUUAUUCUCUUCCCAAACUUACAUUUUUGGUCUAUUUUCCCCAUUUUUGCUGUUUUUUUGGGUUUAAUUUUAUUUCUACAAUGUGCCACGGGCAAUAAAAAAGAAGCUGCAAGCCGCAAAUGGCCUCCAGGCCGCACUUUGGAAACCCCCUGCCCUAAGAUUACAACUGUUUUAUUAUAUGAUGACUUUUUGCUCAAAAAAUGUUUCCAUUUGUUGCUUAUCUAAUUUUUUUGUAUUUUUGUUGUGUUGAGGGCCAUUUUAAAAUAUACCACGGCGUACCAGAUUGCUGCUCGUUUUUCAAUUUUUUUUGUUGUUUCAUUCAUUUUUUUUGACACCCCAUCCGGAGACUGUUGUUCUCUUCCAUUGUUGUUGUUUUGUUGAAAGUGGAAAAGCACCACAAAGCGAGCUGAGUAGAGCUGGUACUGUGCAGUGGAGCUGGUACCGUGCAGUGGAGCUGGUACCGUAGAGUGGAGCUGGUACCGCGCAGUAGAGCUGGUACCAUUCAGUGGAGCUGGUACCGUGCAGUGGAAAAGCGACCACGGAGACAACUUAAGCCUUAAAAACCCAAAUCCUUAAUUGUGGGCCUCAACCUCUCAUCAGGAGGGAUUCUUAAGGCGCUCCCGCAUGGAAGUCAAGCAUGACAUCAGCGCAGGUCCAUGGGAAUCAAGCGAGUCCACGCACUCGCCGUGACCCCCGCCUCCCCCCCUACGCUUGCGAUCGGGAAGUCCUGAUGUCUCGUGGUGACCGGGAACGUUCAGCGUGUGAUCAAGAUAAAUGUUUUCCCAGGAAGAGAAAAGGGGAGAUGCUGGAGGCGGAAUCCCGUUGGGGUCGGAAUAUUUGUGGAGAUUGACCUCUUAGCUUUGGAUAAAAGUGAGUAGACUAUGGAGGACACAGGUUGGUCUUUAUUGGUUCCGUGCCAUGACUGACCAGUAUCAUUCCUUGUUCUGCUUGGUGAAAGCUAAGACAGAACUCCCACAAGUGGCCCAAAAGAGCUCACAAAAAGUUCCCAAACGAAGCCCCUGGAUCUGACCUUACUUGGACUGACUGCGGGCGGAAGAGGAGGAAAGAAGACAAGAACCAGAUCAACCCGUAACACACAAACUGGUGCCUGGAAGAACCACCGGGGACAAAAUGCUCCGUUCUUCUCCGUCUUCAAUGGACUUUGUCAACAGUUCUUGUCCCAAAUCCAGCUCCCGUUUAUUUACUGCCUACUUCUGUGGUCCGUUCCCGUUGCGUUUUAUGACUUGAUUCGGCGUCACCCCGCCAUGCCGAGACAUGGUGGCAGGAAAGUUCAGAGAGUUCAAAGAUCAGAUUGGCAGCAAAAAUAACCUAGUAGUGUAGGAUGCAUAACUACCUAACAAAAUGUCACCAUGGGAGGUGGAUGAUAGCAGUUUGCAAUUUGAAGCUCUACUUAGAACCUCCUGAAGAUCCAACAGUGCAAAAUGACGUUGACGUAGUAUUCUACACUAGUCACUAGAUGUGAGUAAUCGUACUGUAAUGUUGGGUGAUGUCACACCACGCUUAAUCUCUCUUAUUAUGUCUACUUUGUUGGCUAAUACAAGUGUAAAGGGGACUAUAGGGGUGUUAUUUCAUGUCUGGAGGGCUCUAAUAAUGUUACAAACUGCUUUGUUAUGGUUUUUGGAUUAUUUAAGUUUGAAAAUAUUCCAUUUAUGAAUAAGGAAUCCUACUUUGCGUAAAACCACGGAUGGGGGUCAGGUCUGGAACCAGUUAAUCUUAAUAAUCCUUUGAACUAGUUCUGUGUCUAUGUGUCUGAUUUUGGCAGAGAUCUGUUUUUGCUUGAAUCGGUUUGCUCUGUAACAAAAAGUAAAAACAUCUAAAAAUAUAUUUAGAUUUUUUUUCAAUAAUAAACUUGAUCGUUUCUUUUUUUAAGUGAUAAAAAUGGGAAAAACCCACUAGGGAAUGUUCCAAAAUGACCCUAAUAACUAAAUUGUUCCAACAUGCGGAAUGGUGAUAUGAGUUGUGUUUUGACGCGGCGUUGAAAGUUGAGGUGACGGCAUGCAGCAAUCCUGGACAUACGUGAGCGCUUAUACACGCUGCUGUGGCAAAGCUGAUAAGCCAAGAUCGAUUGGCUCGGGUCUGCUUCAGCUUCAAAGAGCGGGAAAAAAAACGUGUGGAAUGUGUGCUGGGACUGAUGCCACACAUUCAAAUAUCAAUCGAAUGGCUUUCUAAAGAAAUACAAGCAAUGGAGGUAUCCAUGCUUGGCUUUUUUUGGCUUUUUCUUGCUGUGUUUUCAUGCUGCGAUGCCGCCACGGAAGAGUACCAUUGACAGCAAACACACGAUGAUGAUAACCAUAGAACUACAAAUGUGCUAAUGUCUCUGUCCUGGAUGCAGCUGUGUUUUGUGAAUAGACUCGCCUCUUUUUGAGCACCAUUAGUGCAGUUUAAGGGUGAGUGUAAAGUGUAUUGUUUGGAUGUUGUUAACUUCUCUUUUACACUUUUUUCACAGUGUCGUCUAAAGAGUGAGUACGCAAUUUGACCCAGCUUGACCCUGGAACAGAUUAUUUGCAUUUACAUGAUCAGAAUUUAUUAGCAAAGCUACAAGCUACUAUAUGUUGAUGGUGUGUGUGUGUGUGUGUGUGUUUGGAGUCGUAGGUCAAAGCACAUUUAAGGAGGAGGAUAAGAAAUUGAGCUGUCUCCAGGUGAUUACGCCACGAUGACUCAAGCGAAGGUAGCACGAGGUGGUUAUUUAACGACCCAGAAAGUGCAUAUAGCAGGUUUUGACACUAAGCAGAUCUUAUCUAGUGCAGAGUCACCAGAAUAUUCCAUUCAAAAAUGAGCAUGUCGUUGUUGUUGUUGUUGUUGCAGAGGCCUUUCGGCGGUAAAUAAACAGGAAGUGUACUCAAUAGGGGUCAAUACAAGUCGUAAUUCGUAGCAAUAAUGCACUUUUUAGCCCCUUCCCCAAUGUCGCCACCAGAGGGCGCAGUCGGACUAGGAAUGAACUGCCCAUUAAAUCUUUUUUAUUUUAUUUUAUUUCAUUUUAGUAAAGAGCGAAUGAUAAGUCAUAUUAUAAGGUGUGUAUUUGAGGCAAAUCAGCCAAAAUACCCGAAUAAUAAUAAUAACAAUGUUGAUGAAUGGGAGUUAUUUUAUGCAAAAUAUUUACUGUAUAUUUAAUAAAUUGUAUAUUUUGCUGUUUAAUCAGGGUCAGAGCUAAAAUACAACUUUUCCCACGUUAUAGACAGCAAAAAUUUUUUCAAGUAUUUUUGUAUGCUGGAGCUUAUCCCAUCUGUCGUUGGGCGUGAUGCAGGGUACACCCUGGACUCGUCGCCAGCCAAUUGCAGGGCACAAUAUGAACUAUAAAUGUCUAUAGUAUGUGAACGUCCCUCCUUGUUAACUUCUCUUCAUGUGUUUUGCAAUCAAGCAAAAAAACUAAAUAUCAAAUCUCACUUUUCUGCAGAGCGUUGUUGGAGAGAGGUUGCCCUUUUGACCCCUGCCCUCGUCUUCCUGGAGCUGCUGUGUGGUAGUCCCUAUGAUUGCUGUGGUGGCCUGGACGGGACUAGAAAGUGUGUGUGUGUGUGUGUGUGAUUGACAGACCAGUGUUGUGUAUUUCAUGUCCUCCUCGCUUCCCAGUGAUGAAUGUUGAACGAGGCCGCCUCCCCUGACCCGAGGGCCAACCUGGACCGUCCCAUCACAAGAGGUAUUAGUCCAUAACAGUGUGAUCUCAUAUAACAGCAACAGUUAAGUAGAUGGGUGGACAGAAAGAAGCAUCACAUCAUCAGAUGGGAGAGUGACUUCCGGGUGUGUUGGAUUCGUUGCCAAUGACAUCAGCUGUGCAGUGAGUGUGCAGAAAAAGGCGUCCUCCUGCCUCCCGCAUCCCGCCUGCUGCUCCCACAGCAAGAGUCGCUGUUGCUGCUUCAGAGGAAGAAGAGGAAAAAAACCGGAGCCACUCCUUGUCUCUACUCCUCGUCUCCACUCCUCGUCUCCACUCCUCCGCUGACUGACUGCGGACAAAGCAGCGGCGGCAGCAGCAACAGAAGAAGAAGAAGAGGGAGGCUGAGGAGGAGAGGCGAGGAUGUCCGCCCUGGUGCAGUGCCCACCAUCAUCAUCUUCAUCGAAAGCAGCGGCAGCAGACAUGGAGAACGUGUUCCCCCCCGGCAGCCCCCAGCAGCACUUUGUCCACUCCAAAUUCUACCUGCUGGUGGUCCUGGGGGAGGUCAUCACGGAGGACCACCUCAAGUGUGCCAUCGCCGACAUAGAGAAGGGAAUACGCUCAUGGGACACCAACCUGAUUGACUGCAACCUGGACCAGGAACUCAAACUCUUUGUCUCCAGACACUCGGCUCGCUUCUCCGCUGAUGUCAAAGGACAGAGGAUUCUUCACCAUAAAAGUAACGUCCUGGAGACGGUCGUGCUUAUCAACCCUUCAGACGACGCCGUCAGCACUGAGGUUCGGUUGAUGAUCUCCGACUCCGCCAGACACAAGCUUCUGGUUCUGUCGGGGCAAUGCACGGAAAACACCGGGGAGCUAAUACUUCAGUCUGGAUCAUUCUCCUUCUCCAAGUUCAUGGACAUAUUCACUGACCAAGAGAUUGGUGAAUUGCUGAGCACCAUUCACCCAGAAAACAAAGCCAACCUGACGCUCUCCUGCCCCGAUCAAGGGGACUGGAAAAACUCCAACCUGGACAAACACAACCUGCAAGACUUCAUCAACAUGAAGCUGAACUCCGUGCUCAUCCUGCCCGAAAUGGAGGGCCUCUCCGAGUUCACAGAGUAUUUAUCCGAAUCCGUGGAGAUCCUGACGCCUUUCGAUAUGUUGGAACCGCCGGCCUCGGGCGGAUUCCUCAAGCUCUCCAAGCCUUGCUGCUACAUCUUCCCCGGCGGCCACGGGGACUCGGCUCUCUUUGCCGUCAAUGGCUUCAACAUGCUCAUAAACGGUGGCUCCGACAGGAAGUCCUGCUUCUGGAAGCUGGUGAGACACCUGGACCGCGUGGACUCGGUCCUCCUGACCCACAUCGGGGACGACAACCUGCCGGGUAUUAAUAGCAUGCUGCAGAGGAAGAUUGCGGAGCUGGAAGAGGAGCAGUCGCAGGGUUCCACGGCCAACAGCGACUGGGUGAAGAACAUGAUCUCACCAGAUAUCGGUGUCGUGUUUGUGAAUCUCCCUGAAAACCUGGACCACCCAGACCCGAACUACAGAGUCAGGCGGAAUCUCGAGGAGGCGGCGGCCACCCAGCAGUUCCUUACCAAGCUAAAUUUGAGAAUGGAGCCUUUGCAGCGACCGGUUGGAAACACAAUCGAACCCAUGACAUUGUUUCAAAAAAUGGGCGUGGGAAAGCUGGAGAUGUACGUCCUCAACCCGGCGAAGAACAGCAAGGAGAUGCAACACUUCAUGAAGCAGUGGACAGGAAGCCAGAAUGACACCACUUCUAUCCUACUGCCCAACGGAAAAGAAUGUGAGUUCCCCGUAUCCGACUUGACGUCCAUCACCUCCCUCAUUGUGUGGCACCCUGCAAACCCCUCGGAGAAGGUCGUGCGGGUUCUUUUCCCGGGAAAUGCCACCCAGCAGCACAUCUUUGAAGGUUUGGAAAAACUAAAGCACUUGGAUUUCUUGAAGCAACCGGUUGUCACUCAAAAAGCAAUGUCCGCCGACGUUCCGUCAGCGCCGCCACCGAAGCUAAACAAGAUGAAGAACAGAACAGACAGCAAGGAGAGCCUGAAGUCGACUCCAAAGCCUUCGCCCAGCAAAGGCGUCAGGAAGGAAUCCAAGGAGGAAGGUGCAGAGAAAGCGAAGGCAGGUGCCGAUGAUUUGUCGCAUGAAAAACAGCAAAAGACGGACAAAAAAGAAAAGGUGUCAAUGAAAAAAGAACGAUCAAAGGCUGCCGAAAAAGAAUCAAAAGCAAAACCAGAACAACCGGCCCUGAAUGACACCCCUGAAAAGAAGAAAACUCCAAUAAAAGCUAAACCUGAAAAGGAGAAGAUCGCUAAGAAAGACAUCAAAGUAUCCACAGAGAAGAAAAAGGAGGUAAAAAAGGAUGCAGUCAAGAAAGAGGACACACCUAGGAAGGAGAGGAAAGAAGAAGCAAAGAAAAAGGAGAUGAAAAAGGAUGUGAGGCGAGAUUCUCCCAUGAAGGAGAAAAAGGAUGAAAAGAGAGACCAAAAGAAAGACGUUAAAAAGCCAUCAAAAGACACCAAGAAAGUAUCUGCUCCCGGGGAGGACAAAGGUCUGGCCCCUAAACCAAAGACCCUGAAAAAAGACGUCUCCAAAAAGGAUGCAGGAUCUCCCUCCAAGCUGAAAGGCAAAGGAGGUUCCAAAGUGGCGAAGGAGACGAAGGUGGAUGCUGCCAAAAACACCGCGAGUGCAGCUGCUGUCGCUGAGGACCCGGAAGCGGAGAGGUCUGUCAUGUCUUCCCCGGUGGACCUCACUCAGGACUUUGAGGAGCUCAGAGCAGAAGAGCAGGCGGAAGAUGAAGCCACUGUGCAGCAAAAUGCGAAUGAAGAGGUUGUGAUGACGCAAUAUGGAGGAGAGGCAAUGCAGACCAAAGAGUCCCCCGAGGGCCUGGAAUCAGUGGAUGAGGGCAUCACCACAACAGAGGCUGAAGGAGAUAGCGGAGAGACUCCAGAUGAACAAGGUCUCAGGGGAAAACUGGAUGGCAGUGUGAGUGAAAGGUUUGAAGAUGAGGGAACCGGAAUGGAGGAAGCGUCUGAUGGAGCAGAUUAUGAAGAGAAGGGGGAAACGGAGGAGCUGAGAGUGGAGUCAAAUAAAAAUGAGCUCGGUGAAGAUGAAAUCAUAUCAGGAGGUAACGUUCAGGCUGGUGUAGAAGACCAUCUUCUCCAUAAAAGCAGAAAAGACGAGGAGGAACUGAUCGUUUCGGCCUUGCCCAAAGAGUCAUCGCCUGUGUCCCCCGCCGCAUCGAUCCACGAUGAAAUCCUUCCCGCUGCCUCGGAUGAUGACACCAAGGAGGAACCACCUGAGGAGUUCACGAUCACAUCCGGGCUCACUCAGUCCACCAUUGAGAUAUCCAGUGUGCCUACACCCAUGGACGAGAUGUUGACUCCAAAGGACGGCUUAAGCGAUGAAACGGCCAACGAUGAUCCAGACUCCCCUUCGCCUGAUGUUGCCAGAUUGGGGAUGUCGCAAUCUGGGGACUUUGAUAAGAAUAAGCUCUCCUUCCAUCAGAGUAAACCAAGUUCAGACCACUCCAAGAGUGAUGCCACAGAGGGUGGAGACUACAACCACACCGCCUCAACAAUAUCGCCUCCUUCCUUAUUCGAGGAGGACAAACUCUGUCAGGAGUUUCCUUCUGAUGCCAAAGUAGAAGGUCUUACCACACUUGAAGAACCGUUUGAGAAACAGGACCCAGCAAGGCUCUCGUCAACAUCACCUCUGGUUCUUUCUCCCCCGAGUGACCAACAAUACAACUUGGACUCCCCGUCAACGUUUGCUGCACCUAUAGAACUUUCAAGUACCUUAACAGGGUCCACCAGAGUACUGGGCGAGUCCACCCUCAGCCCAGAUGAUAAGACACUGGAAGGGGCGAACUCCCCCCAGUCCGCCGGUCAUACACCUUAUUACCAGUCCCCAGUAGAUGAAAAAGCAGGAGCUGUGCCAACCAUGUCACAGAACCAGGAACAGGGUCCGACUAUUGUGGAGGUCACAAGUGAUCAAGAAGAUUCCUCCAACAGGGCGACACCAGAACCUGAUGAUAAACAACCAGAGUGUUUCUCUACAUCUUCUCCAAAAAGCCCACCUUCAGCGAUGAAGAAGGACCUGGACCACAUGAACAACCAUGCGGUCUUUUCCUCAACGCCGGCAAGACGCCAAUCAGAGGCCACUUCUGUCACAACCUUCAAGGAGGAGACUAAAAUGUCCAUCUCAGAAGGGACGGCAUCAGACAAGUCCGACACACCGAUGGAGGAAGUGGUAGCAGAGGACAUGUUUUCUCACCUGGCGUCAGCGUCUACCGCCUCCCUCGCCACCAGCUCCUUCCCCGAGCCCACCACCGACUCCCCCUCUCUUCAUGCCGAGGUUGGCUCUCCUCACUCGACAGAAGUCGACGACUCUUUGUCUGUCUCUGUAGGCCAGACGCCAACGACCUUCCAUGAGGCUGAGGCAUCGCCAACCAAGGAGGACUGUCCCAGACCCAUGUCCAUCUCCCCGGAUGUCUCACCAAAGAUUCAAGUCAGAGCGCAGACGCAGGACACAAAGUCUCCAGAACAUUCCACCACGUCAAUGGAGUUUGGCCAGGAGUCUCCUGACCACUCCUUAGCCCUUGACUUCAGUAAACAAUCUCCAGAGCACCAAUCAGCAGGAAGCAGCUCACGCGCUACAGAGAACGGUCCGACCGAGAUAGACGACAGUCCCUCGGACGUCAGAGCAUCUGAAGAACAAACAUCUGCCGUGGAGAAACCUUUGCAGUUUGAAGAGACCGAAGAAACGGAUUCAGCUCGUGCUGCUUCUGCAACCCCAUCAGAUGCCUCCCAGUCCACUCCCUCCGUCACGACCCCAUGCCAAAUGGCUGAGUUGCCCCCCAUGGUGGAGCAGACACGUGGAUCUCCAGUCACUCCAAAAGCGGCCUCCGUCACCCAUUCUCCACAAUCCAGUGAGGCGUCACCAUUUUCAGGAGGUCCCGUGGAACGAGACAACAGCAGCCCGCUUUCUCUAUCUGGAGAGCAUUUUGCACCCAAGCCUGAACCACAGGAGACACGGGACAAGACACCUUCUCCAUCACCGUCAUCGUUAGGGUUUUCAGAGGAAGGGAAACCGUUGCCAGAUAAGGAGACAACCCCCUUUAGAUGGGAAGAUUCCACACUGGAGGCGAAGGUCCCUUCUCCAUCACAUCUACCUCUGUCCUCACCUCCAGCCUGCACCUUCAGGGACCCUGAUUUCUCCAAGGUCAGCACUCCUGCUUUGCCCAAGACAGACGUCGACCUCUGCUUGGUCUCUUCGUGUGAGUACCGCCAUCCCAAGACGGAACUAUCUCCAUCGUUCAUCAACCCCAGCCCACUUGAAUAUUUCAUCAGUGAGGAGAACGCCUUGGAGGAAGAGAAACCUCUUGAGACGGUUGGAGGAGGGCCUCCACCUCCUGGGGGCAAGCUUCCACCCAAGCAAUGUGAGGAGACUCCUCCCACAUCCAUGAGUGACUCCGCCCCCUCUCAGACCGAUUCUGAUGUUCCACCAGGGACGGAGGAGUGCCCUUCCAUUACAGCAGAUGCUAACAUUGAUUCCGAGGACGACUCCGAGACUCUUCCGACUGACAGAACGCUGACCUCCAGGCAUGCCGAUCCUCCUCCGGUGCCGCUCAGGGACUCGGCUCCAUCCGCAGGGCCCCGUGACGUCUGCAUGGUGGACCCCGAGGCCCUCAAGGCCGAGGAGAACCGCAACAAUGCAAACACAGACGCCGCGGAAAAGCCCAAGAAGAAGAAGUUGACCAAAAAGGCCUCCUCACCUGCGAGGAAGAGUGGUCUCUCCAAGGUGAAGGACUCAAAGACCGCCUCUCCCAGGAAGAGUCUCGGGGAGGGGAAGGAUGCUAAAAAUGCAACCAACACCUCGGCAUCCAAAGGUGCGAGUGGGAAGCUAUCGAGUUCGGCGUCUCUGCCAAACUGUCCUCCUAUGUACAUGGACUUGGUCUACAUCCCCAAUCACUGCAGCGCCAAGAAUGUGGAUGCUGAGUUCUUUCAGCGGGUGCGCUCAUCCUACUACGUGGUCAGCGGCAACGACCAGGCGUCUCAGGAGCCCGGCAGGGCGGUCCUGGAUGCUCUGCUGGAAGGGAAAGCCCGGUGGGACAAUAACAUGCAGGUCACGCUGAUUCCCACUCACGAUACGGAUGUGAUGAGGGAGUGGUACCAGGAGACCCACGACAAGCAACAGGAGCUUAACAUCAUGGUCCUGGCCAGCAGCAGCACUGUUGUCAUGCAGGACGAGUCCUUCCCGGCUUGUAAGAUUGAGAUGUAGGACCCAGAGGUCUGCACCGUGUAGCUUAAACCUAAACAGUCACUCCUGCUUUUACACAAGUCCAAUAAAAAAAAACACGACACUAAUGACGGGCAACUUUUGGGGAAGGAAAACGGAGAUAAUGUUUUCCCAACUUUUCAUAAAGGGAUUGUACCGGGAGGAAAUUGGAAUGAGCGGAUUCAGAACAGUUCCUCCCAGCAGGGUUUUUUCCUCAGGCUUCCAUUGAGAAACAGACAUUUGAAGGUUCGGUCAAAGAUGAAGAAUGUGCACAGUUGAGCCCUAAUGUUCAAAACACAACAGCGACUCAGCUGUGAUAAGUAACAUUAGGAACACUAGGAAAUAGCACCCACCCAUCGCAGUGUAGCGAAGACAAGAGCAGCAAACAAAAAUGUGUGAGUGAGCCAUUUUUGAAUGAAUUGUUACAGAUGAUCAUUAUGCAACCAUAACCAGACUCCAAAAACCAACCACGGACGACUAACUCUACCGGACUCUUCCAAACGCUGGGCUACCCUGACUCACCAGACAUGUCUUAAACAAAAGAAAACGGUUCAUGUUACCGCCAGAGAACCUUGAAUAAUCACCAUCACGACAACAAAACAGCAAACUUCACAUUCACUCCUUCUUCUCUUCGUCUCUAAUAAUCCGCCUUUUUCUUCCUGUCCUUCCUUCCCUCCGGAGAACAAUGUUAAUCUACGGCAGCCAUGUAUGUGGUAUAUUUGUCUUGUGCGCUCAUGUCUGCAAACUCAUACUGUAUGUCCGCUCUGUUUGAAGUGAAAGCAUUCAUUAGCGCUUUGUGUGCAAUAGCUAACCAAACGGGAAACCACCACGAAUCAAAAUACAAACACAAUAAAACACAAUCUGCUGACAAA